UCCUCACACCAAAAAUGCAGAUCUUUGUGAAAACCCUAACGGGGAAGACGAUAACCCUAGAGGUCGAAUCAUCCGACACGAUCGACAAUGUCAAGGCCAAGAUUCAGGACAAGGAAGGGAUCCCACCGGACCAGCAGCGUCUGAUCUUCGCCGGGAAGCAGCUCGAAGACGGGAGGACGCUCGCGGACUACAACAUCCAGAAGGAGUCGACGCUUCACUUGGUGCUCCGCCUGAGAGGAGGAGCGAAGAAGAGGAAGAAGAAGACGUACACGAAGCCGAAGAAGAUCAAGCACAAGCACAAGAAGGUGAAGCUCGCGGUUCUGCAGUUUUACAAGGUUGAUGGGACAGGGAAGGUUCAGAGGCUGAGGAAAGAGUGUCCUUCGGUUAGUUGUGGUCCGGGAACUUUCAUGGCGAGUCAUUUCGAUAGGCAUUACUGUGGCAAGUGUGGAACCACUUAUGUCUUCAAGAAGCCUGAUGAAGAGUGAUUAGUUGUUAUGUGUUUUUUUUUUUGCCUGCCUUUUUAUUAUUGAAUUAUCGUAUUGGAACGUAUAAUUGGCUUAAUUCGGAUUGGUUUCGUUUUA